AUGGCUGCAUUUUAUGGACGAAAUCAUGUCAAAUUCUCGAGUAAAAUUCAUGCUAUUUUCUUUGAUAUGGAUAAUACUCUAAUCCAGACAAGAAAGGCUGAUGUGAAAGCUGUCAACAAGAUUGCAGAGCUUUUACAAGGCUAUAGCAUGCAGAAGGACGAAGCUGAUUUUUGUGCAGGAAACUUUCUAAAAGCAUUCAGAAAAUGUCCAGAUAAUCCAUCAAUGUCGCUCGAUCAAUGGCGCUCCGAGCUUUGGAAGAAUGCAUUACCGACAAAAUAUCAACAUUUGGCUUACGAAGUCUACGAACAAUGGUUGUCAUUCCGUUAUCAUUUUCUCCAGCUACCAUCUGAACUCGUGCAGAUGUUGCGUCAAUUACGUAAAAACUAUCUGCUUGCCAUCAUCUCAAAUGGACCGAGUAAUGCACAAUGGGAGAAGAUACACAAGCUGGGUCUCAACAUGGGAAAGAAUUCACUGUUCGAUUUCAUUUUAAUAUCGGGCGAUUGCGAGUGGGAAAAGCCAGAUGCAAGAAUAUUUAAUGCUGCAUGCAAUUAUCUUGGCGUUGCACCCCAAAAUUGCAUUAUGAUUGGAGAUAAAUUAGAUACAGAUAUAAAGGGAGCAAUUGAAGCUGGUUUAUUUGCGAGCGUGUGGAUUCCAUUGAAUUUUCCAGCACCAGUUGAACAAAAGGAUAACAGUGUCGUGGCUGAUAUUACUAUAAGUAAUAUAUAUGAACUGAACUCAUUGUUGAUUGUUGAUGACCAACCUACAACAUCAUCGAUGCAAGGUCAAUCAACUAGCGGAAAUAUGAGAUCCUUAAAGUUAAAAGCAUCACGUGCUAAUGGCUCGAGUAAUGGUCCAUUAACUUCAUCAUCAAUGUCAUCAUCAGCUAUGCACUUAAGCUCCGGAUGUUUUUCAACGUCUAAAAACAAGGCAGCUUACCCAUACUCAAAGCGCUUCCUCUCACCGCCUGAUUUGGAAAAUGACGCCUCAAAUGCAUCAGACGGCUCCUGA